AUGCGCGUAGAAUCGAAAGCUCCGAUAUUGAUAGAGCGACUUAGGGGGGUGCAGGUGCGCAAGUCUGAAGACACGCGAUCUUCGUUGUGCAGCGUGAACACGGCUUUCAGCGCCCUGAGAACCCUGAUCCCGACCGAGCCGGCCGACCGGAAGCUGUCGAAAAUAGAGACCCUGAGGUUGGCCAGCAGUUACAUUAGCCACUUGGACGCCAUGCUCGUCGCGGGUGCCAUAGAUCAGCCGUGCACGCGCCUCUCGGAGAGUGGCGGCGCUUGCCCGAGGCCGCGAGUCUGCACCUUUUGCUUGGCGAUGCACAAAAGAUACAGCUUUGAUAUAUCGCAGGGAGGAAUCCCAGGCUAUUCGAACGAAGAGGCAAAACCAUGCGUCUACGUGCCAGCGAGUGCGACGUGUUUCGACUUGAACGCGAAUGAUAUCUAAGGCCUUAAAAGCCAACGGUGUAAUUCCUGUAUAUUGCCUUUUGUAAAUAUCUCGUGCGAUCUCUUAGUGCAUUUUGCGAUAAGGACAUUUAUAACAGUUUACUAAGAAUAAUGUGUAAAAUAUGUAUUUAAUUAUUGCGCUGAUCGGAUAUACACAUGCGUUAGACACUCGGACAAUAUCCUGACUCGACUGAGGAACAAUACAAUUUUGAUACACCAGAGGUAAAUCUGAAACGAUUGAAAUGUCCCAACAUUUCUUAGGUUUAAAAAGAGAGUAGCGAGCAUUUUACGUUUACUAAGGGGAAAAAUCAAGCUAUUGAAAAUUAUAAGAGAAUUAUAGAGGCUAUUAACUUAAUGAAUUUUUUAACUAAAGAGGAAAAAAUGUGAUGUCUAAAACCACUACAUUUAAGCUUUUACAAGUUCUUAUAAAAUGUCUUGACAUUCAAUCUUCAUGAAUGAUAAAAAGAAAAGUAUCUUGAAGUUAUUGGAUGUCGACGAGGUGUUGGUCGCCUCGAGCCUCGUGGCUUCGUUCAAAGAUGUCGCGACUUCGAACCUAAAAAAAAGGGUGGGGGGUAUAUUCGCAUGAAAUGCUCAACGUGAUCGGCGAUCGCAGAACGGCGGCUAACUUUUCGCUGUAAGAUUCGUUGCUCUCCACUGGACUUCUCCCUUCACGUAUCGAGCAAUGCGACAGUGGUAUUAUUUGUAUAUAAUUAUAAUAACGGUAUUUUAUUUGUAUUAAUAUAAAACGCUGUGGACGAAUUGGUCCAUGUUUUCAUCGA